CUGGAGGGAGGUUUGAACCGUCUCCGGUGAUGCCCACCACUUGUAUGAGAGAAUACUCCAGAGGGAUUGGAGGGACAAUGGGAAAACAAGUUCCUUCCUAUCAAACAAUAAACAAUGGGAAAUGUGGCGGAAAACAACUUUCUAUGGAAAUCACUUUCCAAUAGAAAAUAAAGGCUUUCUAUGGGCUUCUUUGCUCAGUUUCAUGGUGUCAUUCUUUCCUUUGGCACAUUCCUUUAGAAGCACUUGUGAUCAUCAGCACAGAUUGGUCAAUUCUAGCUUCAACGUGCUUCCCAACUCGGAAGAAGUCGGAAGACGAAGAUCAAACGCCCAAAUCAAUUUCAAAACGGAGAAUAUUAAUGAUAUUGGCACUUGGGUGCCAUCAGUUGAUAACUUCACCUUUCCGGCUAAUUCGGCUCCCUUUGCAUACUGUGACGCUUCCACUGUUGUUGAGGUGAGUAAAGAUGAAUUCUUGGUGGCAUAUUAUGGUGGCUCAGGUGUGGGAGCCUUUGAUGUAAAGAUUUGGACUCAACGUUACAAGAAUGGAGGUUGGAGUCCCCCUGUUGUAGCGGCUGACGAAGCAGAUGUCCCAAUGUGGAAUCCUGUACUGUUCAUGCUUCCUUCUCGUGAAUUGCUUUUGUUCUAUAAAAUUGGGACAAUGAUUCAACUUUCCGGCCAAUGUAUCAAAACAGACAUCAUGAGGUUCCCUGAAAAUUUAGCAGCUCUUGUGUGGAGCGGAUACAUGAUGAGAUCUUAUGAUGGCGGUUUGACAUGGACAAAAAGAGAACAGCUUCCUCCCGGUAUAUUAGGACCCAUAAAGAGCAAGCCUUUGUUACUAGAAAAUAGAACAUUGCUUUGUGGAUCUUCAGUUGAGAGCUGGAAUUCUUGGGGAGCAUGGAUGGAGGUAGUAUAAGAUGACAAGUGAUUCUGGUAGAACAUGGAAGAAGUAUGGACCGAUAUACAUUGAGAAUAACACUCUUGGUGUGACCCAACCUGUUCCCUACCAUGUCGCAAAUGGGACUUUGCGAGUUCUACUACGGUCAUUUACUGACUUAAAUAAAACUUACAUCUCAGAAUCCCGUGACAGUGGUCUGACCUGGGAUUAUGCAACACCCACUACUUUGCCGAACCAUAAUUCAGGAUUUGACGGUGUUAAAUUGAGUGAUGGUCGGCUCCUUGCAGCCUACACCACAUUCUCAAAAGAGGUUCUCAAAUUGGCACUUUCAGAAGACGAUGGAGGAUCGUGGCAUGAUGUUUCAACACUAGCGAAUACCCCGGGAAAGGAGUUCUCCUAUCCAGCCAUCAUCCAGGCCACUGAUGGAUCAGUCCAUAUCACCUACACCUACAACAAUUCUCAGAUCAAGCAUGCCGUGUUUAAGAAGACCCCUUGAUGAAGAAAACUGAGCAUAUUGCAACCGGAUGAUCGUGUUUAAUUGAUCUGAACACACCUUCUCAUGGAUUAUAUUAUAUCUCCCAGCUUUGGUUCCUAUAUAUGCAUUAUUGUCAUAGUAGUUAGGAUGGCUUAUCCAUCUCAUCGAUCGACUGAAUGUGUGUGUGUUGUGGAUUAUCACCUUUGGUUCGAACCUCUAAAGAUAAUGUCUUGUACUUGUAUGAGCAUUGAUGAUGUCUUUGCAAUAGAUUAUAAAUAACACCUAAAAAUGUUUGAUAACUUAGCAAAAUGUUAAAACAGAUAAAACUAGAAUGUCCUA